AUGCACAGUGACCUUAUGAUAUGCACCUACUCGUUAAUUCAUCCUUGUCUGGGCUCAUCAACUAAACAUCAAACACCCGCACCAAUCAUGCAAAAAAGACACAGUAAUUUAAUGGCGAAGCUAGACUCCAAUGCGGAGCUGAUGACACAGAAGUUUCAGAACAUACUCGAUCUUUCGUCCAUUCUUGAUAAAUCGCAAGGAACGCUGGCUAUAGAAACGCUACAGAUAGAGGCAGACUCAUCAACCAUAAUAAGACUGACUGAAGAGCUGCUCUCUAUAAGUCGAACGCUAAAGGAAUCAUGGAUAUUAGGGCAAUUGCCUCAAAUUGAGGUGGACAAGGUUCAGGAAGGAUUGUACGACAAAAUGAAUUUGUUAUUGGACUCAAUUACAUAUGGAGAUGUUAGCAAGAAUAGUUCACAGGAAGCUACAGAGAAGACUGAUAAUGGAAAUGUGCAGGAUAGUGAACACACCCGCGAGGCUAGACCGGAAGAUGAAGCAGUGGCCGAUGCUGAAAUCUCAGAGGCCGACUUCGAGGAUGUGAUGAUGAAUUAG